AUCUUUACAAUCGUUGACAAUCAGUAAGUUAUAAAAAACGCUCCGCGAGGCUCGAACAAUCGCGCCUUCUCUUCCAAACUACUCCACAUUUGAGCUCGAAUGAAGGAGAAAUCGCCGUACCAGCGAAUCUGAUUUUCCUUCUUGGCGUCGCCUUAAAAACACGUUUAAAAGUUCGCACGAAGCAACGAUACACCAACGAAGCCGCCCUUUUGCCUGGGAGUUCCCUUCGAGUUUCCAGACACACGCGUCACCCGAACGAUCUCUCUUCGAUCGAACCGGAGAUAUACCAUCGCGCCGCCCGUAUCUCGCACGGGUCCCGCGGCAAGCAUCCGGGCCCGUUCUCCUCGCAUCACCGUAAACGUGUGUCCCCGUACACGUCCAAACGAUUGAACGGCCCGACUUCUGUUUUUUCAGAGCCGUCGUACCUAGUGGUGCCCCACAGGAUGAAGAACACGUAUUGGGUGCAAUAUCCGCAGCGGCGGUCCGUCCCGGCGACGAAGGACCACCACCACCAGCAGCCGCAGAGAUUUCCCUGCGGGAACUGUCGCAGCGUGUUUAGCCGGAAAUACAAUCUCCAGUAUCAUUUGAAGUUCGAGUGCGGCCAGUCGCCGCGGUUCAAUUGUCCCUACUGCGUGUACAGGACGAGGCAUCCGUCGAACGUGCGCGCCCACGUUCGCAGGAUCCAUCCUGGGAACACGGUUUACGUGGUGGACGUGAGCAAGGCGGAGAUACCGCAGACCUCCUAAACCGAGCCGCGCACGCGCGCCCCGCGAGCCGCCGCGGCGCGAAGAUCGAUUGACGGACGGACGGACUCGUGGGCGGGGACGCGCGAGCGAGCGUCCGCCCACUUUCGCGGAGGCUGCCGAAGACGCCCGAGCGAGCGCGUUCCCCCACUCUCGCGGACGCCGCCGACGACGCUCGAGCGAGCGUCCCCCCACUCUCGCUGGAAUCGAGCUCGACGCGACCGACCGAGUCGGCCGAUUUCUCGCGAUGGUCCCCGACGCGCGCGCAUCCUUCUGCAUCCUGGCGCCACACGUCUCUUUAGUGUUUAUGGACUAAACUGUACGCAAAAUCACGCAGCCGCCAGACGGCGCUUCUUAUAGACUGUAAGAACGAAAAGAAACGUUUACUUAUCCUCACUGAAAAGUAAAUCACACGUCAUCUUGCUUUCUCCCCGUUUGUCAGCCCACCUCUCUCCCGCCGCCGUUGUUGUUCCACGGGCCGGACACGCUGCCCGAUUCCCCCUCCACUCCGAUUACGAAUCCGCCGGCGGAAAGCUGCACGAUCGUACACCGCGGUCGCCGGCCGCGUAAGUUGUCGUCGGGCCGCCCUAAAGAGGUUCGCCGUGCAUCGGCAGCGAGAAUUAUUCUGUCGACCUUUUUGUUCGCA